ACGCGCCUGAUGGCACAGGAGGCGGUCACACCGUCGCUGCUCUCUGGCUGAAUAGGUCAACUGUUUUCCUUUGCGAUGCCAGAAGUGCUGCAGCACCAACACACAGUGUAGGCUACUGUUCAUAGUGCUUGCAUGGACCGGUUAAUUGGUUUUUCUUAUUGAUUCUCUUGAACCAAAACGCGCUUAACACGCUGCCUUACGUCUAGCGAAGUGAUCGCCUGACCAUGGCAGGAACUUUGGGGCUGUUUACGACUUGUUUGUUGUUUUUUCUCCUCUCCGGUGCGGCAGGGAAGCCCGCCAGGACGAGAGUUUACUAUGUGGGGAUUAUUGAGGACUUGUGGGAUUAUGCGCCAAGCGGAAAAAACCUUAUCAGCGGCAAAGACAUCCAAAAUGAUGACCAAGCAUCUGAAUUUCUGCAAAAUCGACCCGACCGUAUUGGCAGCAUUUAUAAGAAGGCUAUGUUCAGACAGUACACAGAUGCUUCAUACAGUCAUUUUGCUCCCCGACCUGACUGGCUGGGCUUCCUGGGGCCCAUACUGCGAGCUGAGGUCAAUGACAUUCUUGUGGUCCACCUGAAGAACUUUGCGACCAGGAACUACUCAAUGCAUCCCCAUGGAGUUUUCUAUGAGAAGAAUUCAGAGGGGGCUCUAUAUCCAGAUGGGACAUCAGGCAUUUUGAAAAAAGACGACUCCGUUCCUCCGGGAGGCAGCUACACCUACCGCUGGGAGGUCCGACCAGAAUUUGCCCCAACAGAUGAUGAUGCCAGCUGCCUGACCUGGAUCUACCACUCUCACGUAGACGCCCCCAAGGACAUUGCAUCAGGACUUAUCGGGCCUGUGCUCACCUGCAAGAAAGGAAUCUUGAAGGAAACUAAUGAAAUCAAUCAGAUAAAGCCAGAGUCUGCCAUAGCGUCCGCCCGCAAUGAUGUGGACCAGGAAGUCUGCUUGAUGUUCAAUGUUGUGGACGAGAACCUGAGUUGGUACCUGGAGGACAACAUUAAGCGGUGCGGGGAUCCAGAUGGCAUUGACCUAGAAGACAUGGACUUUGAAGAGUCAAACCUGAUGCAUGCUAUUAAUGGAUACGUGUUUGGUAACCUACCUGGGAUCGAAUUAUGCCAGCACCGUGCAGUAGCCUGGCAUUUGUUUGGUAUUGGUAACGAGAUGGACAUUCACACUGCCUAUUUUCAUGGGAAUACACUGUUGGACCGUGGCCACCGUACUGAUGUCAUCAGUCUGUUCCCAGCCACAUUUUCCACAGCCGCAAUGGUGCCAAAAGCAACAGGAAAGUGGCUGUUGACCUGCCAGGUUAAUGACCACCUAAUGGCUGGGAUGCAGGCUUUUUAUAAAGUCAAGGCUUGUGGCAAUGAAGCCAGCACCACAGUGACGGGUGGUGUUGUGAGGAAUUACUACCUGGCAGCAGAAAAAGUGCUGUGGAACUAUGCUCCCUCGGAAAAGGAUCUAAUUAAUAACGUAUCACUUACUGAAGUCAACAGUGCAUCUGAGACUUUUUUUGGCAGAGAUGAUGGAAGGAUCGGAGGUAGCUACUUUAAAGUGAUAUACAAGGAGUACACAGACAAUACCUUUUCCAUUAAAAAAUCAUCAGCACCUGAUCUCAAUCACUUAGGAAUCUUAGGUCCAGUCCUGAGGGCAGAAGAAGGAGACACUCUCAGAGUGACUUUCAUGAAUAAGGCUGAUAGAAAUUAUAGCAUCCAUCCUCAUGGCCUGAACUAUGACCAACUCUUUCAGGGAAGCAGUUAUGAGGAUGAGGCUGACCAGCCCGGAUCCCAUGUUGGUCCAGGUGAGCGCUUCACCUACACUUGGCAGGUGCUAGAAGGCCCAUCUUCAUCUGACUCUCCUUGUAUCCCCUACCUAUACUACUCUGCCACUGUUCCCGUUGAGGACACCAACUCUGGAUUAGUGGGACCUCUGCUUGUGUGCAAGAAAGGAACGCUAGGGGAGAACGGAAUCCAGAAGGAUGUGGAUAAGGAGUUCUUCCUUCUGUUUUCUGUCAUGGAUGAAAAUAUGAGCUGGUACUUGGGGGAGAAUAUUAAGCUUUUUGGAAGCAACGAGACAAAACAAAACGACGAAAUCUUCGACGAGAGCAAUAAGAUGCAUGCUGUAAAUGGACGCAUGUAUGGAAACCUCGACGGACUGGAGAUGUGUGCGGGAGACAGAGUUCAGUGGUACACCUUUGGACUAGGUACAGAGGUGGACGUCCAUGGGGUUUAUUUUGAGGGGAACACCUUCAAGAAGCAGAACACAACACGCGACACGAUCAGCGUGUUCCCUCACACCACUGCUACUGUCACCAUGCAGCCGAACACUCCUGGUGUGUAUGAAUUGAGUUGCAGAGUAACAGAUCACUACUCUGCUGGCAUGAGGCAGUUGUACAGAGUGAAUCACUGCCCAGGACACAAAGUGGAGCCUCCACACAAAGAGCCAACCAAGAUUGUGCAGUAUUUCAUCAGUGCUGAAGAAAUGGAGUGGGACUAUUCACCUGAGAGGGACUGGGAGCUGGAGAAACACCACGGCACAUUAAAGGAAAGUCCAGGUAAUGGAUAUCUGGCAAAAGGAGAAACGCAGAUUGGCUCACGCUAUAAGAAGGCGGUGUAUAGAGAAUACACUGAUAAUACAUUCAGAAUUCAGAAGGAACGUCGGCCUGAUGAACAGCACUUGGGAAUUAUGGGUCCAAUAAUCAAAGCUGAGGUAGGAGAGCAAAUAGUGAUCACAUUCAAGAACAAAGCCAGCAGGCCAUACUCUAUAACUGCACAUGGAGUUAGAGCCAGCGGUGCACACGUUCCUGUCAGUCCUGGUCAUAUACUUGAAUUGACGUGGGACAUCCCUAUAAGCUCUGGACCAGGGGUCUCGGAUCCUAACUGCAUUUCUUAUGCCUACUACUCCAAUGUUGAUUUCGUAAAGGACCUGUACAGUGGUCUUUUGGGACCUCUGGUGAUAUGCAGGCCUGGGACUCUGCAGUCAGAGGGGCCUGAUAGGCACAGGAGUGAUGUAGCGAAGGAGUUCGCUCUGCUGUUCAUGAUACAUGAUGAAAAUGAGUCCUGGUACUUGGACGACAACAUCAGGACGUAUCUCGGCGAAGACCCCAGCACCUUCCUGCCGGACGAACAAUUUCAUGAUGGUAACCUGAUGCACGGCAUCAAUGGUAAACUGUUUGGCAACCUCCAUGGACUGGUGAUGACGCAGGGUGAGAAAGUUGACUGGUAUCUACUGGGCAUGGGCAACGAAGUGGACAUCCACACUGUCCACUUUCACGCUGAGACGUUUAUCUACAAGAUGGACCAUGUGCACCGUGCAGAUGUCUUCGACCUCUUCCCCGGGACUUUUCAGACUGUGGAGAUGGUGGCUGGGAACCCAGGAACUUGGUUACUUCACUGUCACUUGACUGCUCACAUCUACUCCGGCAUGGAAACCACUUUCACCAUCAACGUUCCAGAAAAUUCUUCACACGGAACUGAAGGCUCCAUAAAGAUGCUAGUGCUCUCAUUGGCACUUGGCAGGUGGACUGCACUGACGCUGGGCUGUACUGUUUAGCCACAACAGUGGUUAAUACACUAAAAUCACUGUUUGCAUAUAUGUUGAUCAGCAACUGCACAAACAAGAUGGUUUUUAUACUUGUGGAUUGUUACUAUCUUCUAUUUUCUAUAUUGAUAGUUUUGCUGGUCUCGCAAAGCACUGCUGGACCAAAUAUUUGAUUACCGUAAUGAAUGUGUAAUAAAGAUGUGUAUUCAACUGUGCUUUAAUAUUUGCAUCUAUGGUAAGUUUCAUUUUUAGUGUCAUUUGUCUUCAAAGGGCAGUUAGCUGUGCAGCUGCAACACACAGAAGGCACCCAAAACACAUCAAGAGUGCAAGUUCUUAAACAUGUGUCGAUAUCUUAACACCACAAGGUGGCAUUAAUUCAGUGUUAAAACAGCUUGGCCAAAUGUGCACAACUCUUCUUGUAGCUUUUGAGUUAACCCUUCAAAUACUUGGCUCCCUAUUGAGACUAAACGUAAACAGUGUUGUGUUGGUUCCAGUAUGUCUCAAACAGCUAAAUCUUAUUUUGAGAAUGUGUGGUCCUAUAUAUGAUGGGAGGCAGCUAAUCAGUUCACGUAGGUGAAGGUAUUUGAUGUACAUGUGUUGCAACGACUUUGUUAAAUAACUUGAAUCAGUAUGAUUGUUUUUAUAGGCUGCCAGAUUAAAAGCACAUUUGAAGUUCAAACAAAAUUGUUUUCACAUUUAAUGUGAGACAUUGAUCAUCGUAACUGUGCAAAUUACCAUAUCAGUGUUUUGUUGUUUACUGUCACUCAGUGAUUUGUCCAUUGAUUAGUUUCAGCAUUGCUUACUGCAAGGGGACAAUCAGUUUCAAACUUGUGAAAACACAGCUUGAUUGUCAGUUUGCUAAUCAUCACUUUCAAGCAUAAUAAAUGUGUCAUUUCCACAUGUAAAGAAGGGCUUAACAGCUAUUCAAACUCUGGCACUGGUUAUACCACAAUAACUCAACAGCUGUAAAUAUUAAUAAGCAGUUUAUAAAUGGAUUUUGGACCAGAUCUUCUGCAGCCCUUUUCCGGGGGAUAAAUGGUCAAACAUUCAACAGGAGUGGCCUUACUAAGGUAACAAAGUGCUUGUUAAAAAGCAGCAGUACAUGACAUGCUGGAGGAAGAUUGCCACAGUUUGGCAACCCAAAGUUGGUCUAGUUAAUGGCUUCCAA